AGCAAAGCAAGGAGAAGAAGCAAAAGCGCCUGGAGGAGCGAGCGGCCAUGGAUGCCGUCUGCGCCAAGGUGGAAGCCGCCAACAAACUUGAAGAUCCCCUCGAAGCUUUCCCAGUUUUCAAGAAAUACGACCGGAACGGUUUGAACGUCGCACAUCGAGUGCAAGCGCGUCUCCGGGCUGGAGCCCACCACCCUCGAGUGGGCCUUCGAGCUGACCAAGGCCAACAUGCAGACACUGUACGAGCAGAGCGAGUGGGGCUGGAAGGAACGGGAGAAGCGGGAGGAGCUGCGGGACGACCGGGCCUGGUACCUGAUCGCCCGCGAGUCUGGCGCCGGCCCUGUCGCCUUCUCCCACUUCCGCUUCGACGUCGAGUGUGGUGACGAGGUCCUCUACUGCUACGAGGUGCAGCUGGAGAGCAGAGUCCGGCGGCGAGGACUGGGCAAGUUCCUCCUACAGAUCCUCCAGCUGGUGGCCAACAGCACGCAGAUGAAGAAGGUGAUGCUGACUGUCUUUAAACACAACCACGGCGCCUAUCAGUUCUUCCGAGAAGCGCUCCAUGCGCUGGCAACGUGCCGGGGACGGGCGACGCGGGCAGGCGGGGCAGGGGCCAGCCGAGAGAGGUUCGAGGUGGACGCCGCCUCCCCCAGCGUCUCCGGCUGUUGCGGGGACGAUUCCUCCUACGAGAUCCUCAGCCGUCGCACCAAGUUCGGGGAGAGUCACCCCCACCCCGGGGGGGGACACUGCGGGGGCUGCUGUCACUGAGCCCCUCCCCCACCGCUUUCUGUACCCAAAUCUCAAGGUUUUGCCCC